UCAAACGAGUCGGACGUGUGUUAUCGGGCGCGCAGUCGACACAGCGCCGUGUCUGUGAGCAAACUUAUUUCGAGUGAAUGUGGUGCAACGCAACCGCCGGACCAGUUGUUGCUAGUUGACGACGUGUUUUUGGCGCAGUGAAGGCAACCUAUUCAGCGGUUGCUUCGUCCAUUCGUGCCAGCAAGCAGCGGUGAUCGCAGUAACCAGUGGAAAGCCGUUUGCCGAGAAAGCGCAGCAUUUUCGCGCAGCAAAGAUCAAGGACGAUCAACCCUCUGGCCCGUAAGUGGGAAACGACGCCUGUAUCCUGCGGCACGGCCGGUGUCACAGCUCCGUGUUUCGAGCCGUCGACGAGAAGCGAACGAAGGAGAAGGAUUUGGGUGAUCAAUUUAUGAAAUCAGUCAACAUGAAGUCUCAUCGUGCGGUGCUGGCGUUUCUGGGGCUCGGACUGGCGAUGAUGAUGCUUCCUUCGAGCGAGGCUUGCAGCUGCCUCCCACAGCACCCGCAGACGGCCUUUUGCGACUCGGAGUACGUGAUCGUUGCACAGGUUCUGCGCAAGACGGCAGCCCCGAACAGUUACCUAAACGCGUACAAGAUUGCAAUCAAGAAGGAGUACAAGAUGAGCGACGAAGCCAGGAAGCUCUUGGCGCAUGGUAAGCUCGUGACGGCUUCGAUGAGCUCAAUGUGCGGUGUUACGCUACAGCCGGGCAUGUUCUACGUGAUCGCCGCUAACAGCGAUCAAGUUGGGCUGUGUGAUUUCAUCCACCCGUACGGCAACCUGACGGCCGUCGAGAAGCGAGGACUCGCCGGUAUCUACCGCAAGGGCUGCAAAUGCAAGAUCCAGCAGUGCAUGGGCGGCAAAUGCAAGGCACGAGAUGGAGCAUGUCUGUGGUCACCGUUCGAAGUGAAGGGCCCGUGCGAAACGAGCUACGGCUCGUGUGUCCCGAAUGGCAUCGUUCUGGCGGAUGGAACUCCAAAGCGGUGCCACUGGCGUAAAUCGCCCCGUUUUGGUCAGUGUGUGAUGGAAAAUAUGGCCAAAAGUGGCUCAAAUGGUGGCAAAUAGUCAGCUUGCUUGGAAAACCACACACGCAAGGACACAGCUCCAUAAACAAUCACACUAGCACCAUGCCGCUUACGAGCGCCGAUAUCGAAGAGAGAAGUUAUUGUUAUGAGAGUUUAAUUUAAUUUAUCAACUCAUCAGCGUAGAAUGGAGAUCGUGUAAAUUAUAUUUCGCACCAUCGGCCAGAGCAAGCGCGCUCUCGACGAUGGCUAGGGAUGGCAAGUGAAUUUGAAAUCUUAUUUGCGUUAAGUACAAAUUAUGAUUAGCAGUAGCAGUUCGCGAUGCUGGCGGCGUGUAUCCGCCCGAUGUUGAAGGAUUAUAUAUUCAUGAAUAAACUACUACAGGAUA